AUGAGGCAACUCCUACUCGUCCUUCUGCUUGGAUCUGCCCUCAUGGUUUCGACAGAGGGGAAUGUGGACGCCAUCCUGGAGAUCUUAAGGGACCUGGUGCGCCAGAUGGUUCCGAAUCCGGAUAUGCAGCAGCAGUUCCUGGCCAAGAUCGACGGGGCCAGGGGGUGCCUCGAGGUGGCCAAGGGAAUAAACCCCGACGUCGUGAAGAAGCUCAUGGACGGCAUCAUGCCCACCGCGGCCACCUGCGCAGUCCAGACUGCUGGAAUAUCCGACAUCGCUCAAAGAAAGAGCCUCAUGAAAGCUUGCGUCCACGAAAAAGCCGACUCUUUCGAGACGUCAAGCGGCAUGACCGACGCCGAGCUCGUUAAGUUUGAUAUGGCUCGGUCUAUGAACCGUACACGGUAA